AUGUGCGCUUUCAGAGUGUUGACCAGGUUAUCGAACACCACCUCCUACGUGAAAACUUCGAAACCCUAUCAGCACCACACUCUCCGAACUCUUAUUUUGGAGUCUUCUUCUUCUCAAUUCGUCAAGCUUCACAAACUCUCUGACGAAGAUUCUGGGAUUGUUGAGAUUAGGUUGGAUAGGCCUGAAGCAAAAAAUGCUAUAGGGAAAGAGAUGCUGCGUGGUUUGAGUAAUGUGUUUGAAUUGAUUAACAAGAACUCUGAUGCUAAUGUGGCUAUGAUCCGCAGUUCAGUUCCUGGUGUAUUUUGUGCAGGGGCUGAUUUAAAGGAGCGCAGGGCCAUGAAUGAAUCAGAGGUUAAGUUUUUUGUGAAUUCUCUCCGUUCCACAUUGUCAUUUCUAGAGGAAAUUCGUGUACCAACUAUUGCUGUUAUUGAAGGAGUUGCUCUUGGUGGUGGACUUGAAAUGGCUUUGGCAUGUGAUAUUCGAAUAUGUGGAGCAAAUGCUGUGAUGGGUUUGCCAGAGACAGGACUUGCUAUAAUCCCAGGGGCAGGUGGAACACAGCGACUACCUAGAUUGGUUGGAAAAGCAAUAGCAAAGGAUAUUAUUUUUACUGGUCGAAAGAUUAAUGGCUUCGAAGCGCUAUCCAUGGGUCUUGUUAAUUACUGUGUUGCUGCUGGUGAAGCUCAUUCCAAAGCACUUGAAAUUGCUCGGGAUAUCAAUCAAAAGGGCCCUGUAGCAAUAAAGAUGGCUAAAAGAGCUAUUAACGAGGGUGUGGAAACAGAUCUAACAUCGGCAUUGGUCUUGGAAGAAGAUUGCUAUGAUCAGGUGUUGAAUACCAAAGAUCGGCUGGAAGGCUUGGCUGCAUUUGCUGAGAAGCGGAAACCGAGGUACACCGGUGAGUGA